AUGGAGCAAGAAAAUGAAAAUGAACGAGCCAAAGAAAAUAGGGGGUUAAUUGGGGGGGCGCUUGAAACCAAAUGUUUGAUACGCAUUUGGGGGGCUGUCGGGAUUCAGCGGCAGCUGGAUGCAGUCACCAGGAAAAAGAAGGUAUGGGACACAGUGUCAUCAAAGAUGGAGGAACAAGGUUAUCAGAAAUCUGGCGAUGCCUGGCAAAUCAGAAUGAAGAAAUUUACUUACAAAAAAGUCAAAGACCACAACAAUAAAAGUGGCAAUGAUAAUAAAACUUCACAAUUCUAUGAUGUAAUGGAUGAAGUUUUGGGGACACGUCCAGCCAUUACCCCACCGGUAAUAGUUGAUACCAGUGUAAAUUCAGAUUAUCAGAACUUAUCUGAAGAUGAUAAUAAUGUUGACAUUGACAAUGGAGAUGAAGAUUCCUUUGUACAUCCUGCAGCAUCUUCUACCCCAAAGAAAAUAGAACAUAGUAGGGGCAAGAAGCGUUCUAGAGCAAACAAAUUUCAGGUAAUGGCAGAUUAUAUGAUGGAGAAAAUGUUAGAUUUUCAGCGGCAACAGGAAGAGAAAAUGAUGACAUUAGAAGAAAAAAGGACGAAUCUCGAAGAUGAGGCAGAACACAGAAGAGAAGAGAGGGAAGCUAAACAGAGGAAGGAGGAGAGGGAGCAUGAGUAUCGCAUUAUGGAAUUAUUGAUGGGUCAUUGGCAGCAAAUCUUAUUUUAA